AUGAGCGAACACCAUUCGUCGGCGAACGAUGCCUUCUCUCCCCAACAAGAGCGCGGCAGGUCAGGCAGCAUGAUGUCCCUGGGCAAUAUUCCCGUCAGUCCUCAGGGCCCUCCAUCCGAAAGCGGCGGUGCUGCCGUUGACGAUGUCAUGAACAAAUCUCAGAACCCGGAUGGCGACAGCACUUCACCUACGCAACCCGCUGGCCCAUCUGGUGCGAACUCCGAACAGCUCAAACAAGUUUCAGACGUCCUGUCUUCCGAGAUUGGCAUUGUUACUCUCCUAAACCGCCUUAAGCAGAGCAUAGCUUCAGCCAAGGAAUUCGCGUUGUUCCUCAAGAAGCGAUCCAGUCUAGAAGAAGAUCACGCCAAUGGCAUCAGGAAACUCACGCGUACGACCCAAGAGGUCAUGCGCCGACCCGACCACCGCCAAGGCACUUUUGGUAGCGCAUACGAAGCUAUGGCGAGCACCCACGAACGCAUGGCCGAGAAUGGAAUUGAGUUUGCGAAAGAGUUGCACCAGAUGCACGACGAGCUUAUGGAGCUCGCGGGCGUCGCAGAACGCAGCCGCAAGUCGUGGAAGCAAAAUGGCCUGUCCGCCGAAAAUAAGGUUGCUGAGAUGGAACAGACUAUGCGUAAGAGCAAGGCCAAGUACGACUCUCUGGCCGACGAUUACGAGCGAGUCAAGACUGGCGAGUCGCGCCAGAGCGGCAAGAUGUUCGGUCUCAAAGGCCACAAGUCAGCUCAGCAGCAUGAAGGCGAACUGCUGAAGAAAGUUCAGGCGGCCGACUCCACCUACCACGGACAUGUCCAGGCGUUGCAGGCCGAGAAGGCCCAACUCCUUUCGACGACACGUCCUGAGGCUAUUCGAGCCCUGCAAGACUCCAUCAAGGAAAUCGAUGCUGGCAUUUCUUUGCAAAUGCAGAAGUUUGCUUCUUUCAACGAGCGCCUGCUGUUAAGCAACGGCCUGAGUGUCAGCCCCAUCCAGGGUCCGGGAGGCCAAAGCAGCAGUGCUCAGCGCAGUCUGCGACAAGCUGCUUCCUCGAUCGAUAACGAGAAGGACUUGAACGAUUAUGUCACAGCGCAACACAGAAGCGUGCCUCCCAACACCGGUGAAAUUGAGUAUAAGCGUAACCCAGCUCUCAACCCUCCAGGUUCCAGCAGUCAGCAUGCACCAGGGGGUCCUGUACAACAGCCUGCUAUGGUGCAAUCGCCUACAACACAGGCACCACCUCCGGGAAGCUUCUCUGGGUCCCAGCCCCUUGGUCCAGGAUCGAGAACUAGUACCCUGGGACUUGGUCCCAUAACUGGCAUUACUGGUGAUUCUUCGCUCCCGCCUUCUGACGAUCCUCGCCCCUUCUCGCAGCCUCACAACAGGAGCUUCAGCCAGGGAAACAUGCCACUACAACAGGGUGGCCCAGGACCCGGGCAACCGUUUCCCGCCCGUGGCCCCAGCCAGCAAGCGCCCGGUCAGAGAUAUGGUAAUGGCGGCUCUGUCAGCUCAACUGGUCCACCACAGCUUGGUGCUCUACCCUUCCAGCCGGGCGGUUCUCCUCCACAGCAGACAGACCCUCACCAGCCUCCUCAUGAACGCUCAGGUAGCGGUGCGAACUUUGGUCAAGGGCCUCAGGGAGCUGGACGAUCACCACCUCCUUAUGGGACGUCCAGUCAUCCCCCGCCUGCUCCCGGGCCCUCGGGACCCUCAAAGCCAGUUUUUGGUCUUCCACUCAGCCGUCUGUACGAGCGCGACAGUUUAGCUGUACCAAUGGUAGUCCAUCAGUGUAUCCAGGCGGUAGAUAUGUACGGCCUCAAUGUGGAGGGCAUUUACCGGCAAUCUGGAUCUAUGGCUCAUAUCCAGAAACUUAAAAACAUGUUUGACACCGCAGAGUCUUCCAGCCCUGCUCUCGACUUUAGGAACCCCGAGAACUUCUAUCAUGAUGUCAACAGUGUUACUGGUCUGCUGAAACAGUUCUUCCGUGACCUUCCUGAUCCUCUGCUCACCCUCGAGUAUCAUGACAGCUUUAUUGCUGCUGCCAAGCAUGAAGAUGAUACACUCCGCCGUGAUUCUCUCCACGCCAUCAUCAACAGUUUGCCUGAUCCCAAUUACGCUACACUCCGUGCCCUUACCCUUCACUUAUGGAGAGUUAUGGACAACAGUCAUAUGAACCGUAUGAACUGCCAUAACCUUGCUGUCAUUUUCGGUCCUACUCUUAUGGGCACUGACCCCAGCACCGCCAUCGCCGAUGCGGGCUGGCAGAUCAAGGCCAUCGACACUAUCCUCCAAAACACGUUGCAGAUCUUUGACGAGGAUUAG